UGCAAAUGUUUUGGUAUUUAUUUCCACCUAAACGGUCUUGUUAACAGUUUUGUAUUUGCCCAAAUGGUCUCAGGAACAUGACAGAUCAAACUCCACAACAGACGAUGAAUGACAGCAACACAAACCAGACUUGCAAUGUUUUCAUCUACAAGGAAUCUGCUCAGGUCAUCUUUCCCAUUUUCUAUUUCCUGAUAUUUUUCAUCAGCUUGGCAGGUAACAGCCUGGUCCUCUACAUCACCUGUCAGAAGAAACAAAAGAAGAUGAAUUCUACCACGAUAUAUCUGAUCAACCUGGCCAUCUCCGACACCCUCUUUACCUUGGCUCUUCCCGGCAGGAUCACCUACUAUAUCAGAGGCUUCGACUGGCCUUUUGGUGAUUUCUUUUGCCGGCUAACUGCCAUGAUCUUCUAUAGCAAUACUUAUGCUAGCAUUGCCUUCAUGACCUGCAUCAGUAUAGAUCGAUACCUGGCCAUGCUGCACCGUCAGAGGUGUCAAAGACUGAGGAAAACCAAAGUCGUACGGGGUAUCUGCAUUCUGGUAUGGGUGGUGGUUCUUCUUGAGACGUCCCCUCUGCUCUUCAAAAGCACCCUGGAAUAUAGAUCCAGUCAUCGAACAUGCAUGGAGUUCUCCAAUUUUGAUAGCUACAAGAUGGCAAUAGGUCUUCUGUUCGCGUGCGUCGUCGGGUUUUGCUUUCCACUGGGACUCAUCCUGUGCUGCUACAGUCAGGUCAGCUGCAAGCUCUACAAGACGUCCAAGGAAAACCCAGUGGCCAACAGGUCUGGAAGCAACAGCAGGGCCAAAAAUAUGAUCCUGAUCAUUCUGCUAAGCUUUGUGGUGUGUUUCAGUCCCUACCACAUCAUCAUCAUGCAGUUUGCAGUGAGAAGGCUGUACAAUGUGCCCUCUUGUGAGGAGUUAAAGACUUUGAAAAUGUUCCUGCAGGUAACCGUUGCCAUGAUGAACUUUAACAGCUGCCUUGACCCUAUUAUUUACUUUUUUGCCAUCAAAACAUACAAGAAGAGAGUCAUGAGUCUUUUUAAGAGCUAUAUUUCCAUUCCAGCAUCCUCCAGGAGCAUUCAGGAGAACAGUAGUAGUAAUACAUGAGGGCCAAAAUUUUACAAUGAAAAAUCUGAUGCAAACUGCAGAGGAAAUGUCUGCACACGUGUGGUUGGAUAGCUGUAGACUGCAGAGUUUCCAUACCUUAUAUUUCUUAACAAAUGGCAUUCCAUUUCUUAUUAUUGGUGGUCUUUGAGUCUGUUAUUUUGUUUUAGGAUUUUUGACCACAUUUUGUGUGAAUUUAAGAUAUCUGACAAAUUUUUUUUUUGUGGUCAUUAUAAAUUUGAAUAUAAAUCUAAUAUGAAUUUAUCACUCAUAUGCAUUUAUAACUGAAUAAUGUUAAAUUCUUUGGGUAAUAUAUUUCUUUAAACGAUUAACAUGCUGUUGGACUUUCAUUUUUAAUUUUUUUUUAAUUGGUCAUGUAGUACUGCCAUUAACGUCAAUUCAGAAAAUGAAAUUCAGAGAUUUAAAAUGAACAUUUUAAGACCCACACACACAAAGGUCAAGGAAGCUAGAAGAAAUUCUGAGUAAUAAUGGAUGAUUAGGUAGGUGUAUGAUAAUAUCUGUUGACAUUUCUGUAAGCUGCUGUGUAAAUACUCUGUUUUGCUUUAAAGGCGCUCACAAUGUGUGGGUAACAUUUUGGGCAAUACCUAUAACAGCAUUUUCCAUUUGGGAAUUCAAUGUAACUGUCAGUUGUGCUAAACAGCUUUCUCUGAAUACCAAUUAAAGAGGUUAAUUUA